AUGUCACAAAGUAAUUUAACUGAAUUAAACAAUGAUGCAACAACAGUUAAAAUAUUACCAGAAACUGCAACAAUUAAAGAUCAAAAAGCACCCUCAAAUGAAAAAAUUAAAAAGAGCCCGGUCAUGUUAAAUAUAAAACAAAAUUUGCUAAUGAAUCAAGUGAUAGGUAUUUAUGCCUUACAUAAUGGACUUGAAGCUGAUUCAGAAUGUAAAAGGCAUAAUGAUCAAUAUAAGGAGGAUUUAAGAGCAUUCGAAACAUGGGCACUUAAAAUGUUUGAUUCAUCUUCUAAAAUCCAAUCAACAAUAUUAGGAGGCAACUUAAUUGACUUUGGUGGAUUUGAUCAAUGCUUAGCAAUACAUGAGGAAACUGAUUCUGGGUUAAUUGAUGGAAAACAUUGUAUAGUGGAAAUUAAGCCUAGUGAAAAAAUUAUGAAAAUUGUUGUCGAAAACUUUAGAAACAUUUCCAUGCACAGAUUAGCUGAUUUAACUGGAGGCGCAGGUGUUUCUGUAAAAUGGGCAAUAUGUAUACCAGAUUCAUGUUCAGCAUCUGAUGUUGAAGAACAUUUUAGUCGAGCUUUAGAGGGUAUAACAGAAGGUGUAGAUGCUCAAAUUACUGUACGAAAUGCGUCUUGUGUAUCAAAAAAUACACGAAGACCUUUUUCACAGGGUGAUUAUGCAACAAUGAUUAUUUUUGCAGGAUGUACGGCUUUAGCAAUUUUUAGUACUUUAUACGAUUUACAUUGCAUAGCUACUAAUCAUGAGCCACACCAGUUAUUAAUUGCAUUCAGUAUUUACACAAACACUAAACAUUUAAUAAAACCUCCGAAAUCUGGUGAAAUGGGUGCAAUUUAUGGUUUGCGUUUCUUAACAAUGUCUUGGAUUAUUUGUGGUCACCGAUUUUUUAUGACAAUGUUUUUUCCUGUCGACAAUACCUUGGAUAUUUUAGACUGGAUGACUGAAAUGACCAGCAUGGUUGUAGUUGGUGGGACCUUUUCCGUAGAUACAUUUUUCUUUAUUAGUGGACUUCUAGUUUCAUUUGUGUUUUUAAAACACAUGGAGAAUGCGAAGAGUUUUAACUUGCCAAUAUUUUGGAUUCAUCGAUAUUUACGAUUAACACCGUCUUAUGGAAUGACAGCGUUAGUAUAUGGAACAAUUUUAUACCACUUUGGAAAUGGACCUUUAUGGAAUGAUUUAAUGGAUUUAAUUCAAGCACCGUGUUAUAAUCAUUGGUGGUCGGUUUUAUUGUACUUACAAAAUUAUAUAAAUCCAGGGGAAUUGUGUAUUGUUCAAACUUGGUACUUAAUGUGUGACACCCAAUUAUACAUGUUGUCACCAUUAAUUUUAUUGCCGUUAGUCAAAUUUCCAACUUAUGGAAUGAUACAACUAGUGGUACUAACUGCAAUCUCUAUAAUGUUGUCAUUUAAUUUGGCUUGGAAACAUCAAUACAGAGGAGGAAUGCCAGUUACAAAUGCACUUUUAAAAACUGAUUACUUUCGAUACCAUUAUAUAAGCACUCAUACAAGAGCAUCUCCUUGGUUAAUUGGAGCUAUUUUUGGGUAUAUAAUUUACAAAACACAAAAUAAAAAAGUUGUUAUUAGCAAGGCAACUUCAUUAUUUUUGUGGAUAGCGGCAAUUACAACAAUGUUAUCAUGUGUAUUUGGAGCUUAUCCAUUUCAGCAACCAGAGCGACCGUAUGAUCGAUUUGAAGCCAGCAUUUAUUUAGCCUUAUCAAGAGCGGCAUGGUCAUUGGCAAUUGCAUGGAUUUUAUUUGCUUGUAUUCAUGGAUACGGAGGUCUUGUAAAUAAAUUUCUAUCAUUAAAUUUAUUUCAAGUAUGGGGACGAUUAAGUUACAAUAUGUAUUUGUUGCAUAUAUUGAUACAAUAUGCAAUUGGAGGAAAUGAACGUAUUCAGACACAUUUUCAAAAUUUAUUAUCAAUUCAUAUAUUUUUUGGUGAUUUAAUCUACACAACAGUUUUAUCCUACAUAUUUGCAUUAUUUUUUGAAUCACCAAUAAUGGUCAUCGAUAGAAUACGAAAAAAAGUCAAAAUUCGAAGAUAA